UUCGGGGAUCCCUGAUCCUCUGUAGGCUCCUAGCGGCGUCUAGCCUUGGAACAGCUGCAAAAGCGGCGGGGCCUGGUGUUCUUCCCUUUCUUCCUUGCCACUCUUGAGCUGGCCCCCAAGAUCCAGGGAUCGGCAGGAGAGACCUAAGCCUUGGCGCUAGGAUGGGAAACAGUGCCCUCCGCGCUCAUGUGGAAACCGCGCAGAAAACUGGUGUCUUUCAGCUUAAGGACCGUGGGCUGACCGAGUUCCCCUCAGAGUUGCAGAAGCUGACAAGCAAUCUCAGGACCAUCGACUUGUCCAACAACAAGAUCGAGAGUCUACCGCCUAUGAUUAUAGGGAAGUUCACUCUGCUGAAGAGCCUGUCCUUGAACAACAACAAACUGACUGUCCUUCCUGAUGAGUUAUGCAAUCUGAAAAAACUAGAGACACUAAGCCUAAACAACAAUCAGUUGAGAGAGCUGCCAUCUACUUUUGGGCAACUAUCUGCCCUUAAGACCCUGAGCCUCUCUGGGAACCAGCUGAGAGCACUACCACCCCAACUUUGUAACCUACGGCACCUGGAUGUAGUGGAUCUCUCCAAGAACCAAAUUCGGAGCAUACCUGACACAGUGCAGGAGCUGCAGGUCAUCGAACUCAACCUCAACCAGAACCAGAUAGCUCAGAUCUCAGUGAAGAUAUCUUGCUGUCCUCGCCUUAAAGUUCUUCGUUUGGAGGAGAAUUGUCUUGAGCUCAGUAUGCUUCCACAGAGCAUCCUCAGUGAUUCCCAGAUCUGUCUGCUUGCUGUAGAAGGCAACCUUUUUGAAAUAAAGAAACUUCGAGAACUGGAAGGCUAUGAUAAGUACAUGGAGAGGUUCACAGCCACCAAGAAGAAGUUUGCAUGAUGUUCUCCAGGAGCAUGUGAACCAUACAGGACACUGACUUGGAACCUGUUGCAAUCCGGCUGAAUGAAAGGCUCCUGUUGUUGUCAAGGAUAUCUGCAGUGAGGAGGUGAUAUUCCAGGAGGUUAUAUUUCACUCAAUGACCUUUUUCCUUUCCAGGGCUCAUCUCAAAUAAGCUAAAGGGAAUCAAACACAGGAAGAGUCCUCCAUUUUGAGUCAUGGAUAGGCCAAAGGACAAUGUUGAUCUUCAAAACCAUCAUUUGUUUGGCUUUGAGAAACCCAGUAGCUAGUUGCUAUGUAUACAGUGAGGGGAUGCUGCCUGGUACCAGAAUAGCUCCACACAACAGCUUGAAAUUUCAUGUGUCUCAAUGUGCGAGCUUUCAGAAAAUCAGUUGCCAUUCCACCCUGUGUUAACACUUCAUAUUUUUAUGAAAUUCAAAUAAUUCAUGAGAGCCUCAUGAGAGGCUGCUAUGGUUAAUCUAAGAAUUUAUGAUUUUACUCCAGUCCAUUAGUUUAAUUGCAAUGUUUAUACUUGGAAUUUAGGAUGUACAUAAAGGUAUGACUCUUGAUUAAAAGUGUACUUUGUGAGAGAAGCAAAAACACAACACUAAGAGGUGUUCCCAAGGCUGCAGUAGCAAUUUUUUUUUUUACUAUUGCAGGUGCCUUAUUGAUAGAGGGCUCUGAAGAGCUAAAACUGUAUGCAAAACUUGUAAGAUACAAGGGUUUUAAUAAUCAAGAUUUUCCUGAAGCUUUGUUAGAAACAGUCUCUUAUUUCUGGUCAUCUUUUUGUAUUUACAACUCUAAUAAUCAAAUUACCUAUCAAAAAACUACUGUUUAGGGUAUUUUACAACAACUUAUGUUUAUCAAAUUUAUUCUCUGAAUGAGAGAAUAUACUAAAUAAAGAUUUAAUAACUAUGGCUGGAAGAAAGGUUAAUCCUUUAAAGUAAGACAGGGGAACUUUAACCUGUAAAUGGCCCUUUGUUUGAAAGUAAACUGAUAAGGAAGAAAUGUUUUAUGUUCUUGUUCAGGUUGCAAGAGUACUGAAAUGCCUUCAUGUGACUGAUAAACAUAUUUGUGGUACUGGAAACCAUGCUUAUUAAGACAAACUGAAGCUAUAAAAGUAGAUUAUUUCAGACUGUUACUGGCAUGAACAUUUAGAAAGCUACAACUCUGCGUUUUCUGAUGUUUUGUCUUAGCCAAGGGGCUGUUAUUUACCAUGUAUUGUUAGUUCUCGUUUUACAAACCUAGUUUAACCAUUAAGUCAAGAGAUCACAAGAGCCUAGUGUUUAUAUGAGGAAAGUCUCUCUGACCUUAAAUCUGGUCUAGGGGUUCUCUUUUUCCUAUGUUAUUCUCUGUUUCUCAACUGGGGAGGGAUGGGGGUGCCAGUUUACAUUACCAAUUGAGUUUUGUUUUUUAUAAACUUUAAUGCUUAAUCUUAUUGAUCUACUGAACAUUUCUCUAUUUUAUCAGUACUUAUCUAAUAAAUCAGAACUUAUAAAUUAAAUAACUUAAAUGUC